GGUGUAGCUCCGCCCCUCCCCUCCCCCCGUUUCCGUCUGUGCUGUGAGAGCGCGUGGGCCCCGGAGCGGCCCGCACUCGGUAUAAAAACAAAAAUCCCCCAAAAAAAAUACAAAACAACAAAAAAACCCACAAAAAACCCGCAAAACGCCGCUCCCGACGGAACCGCAGGACCUGAAGGACCCGGAGCUCGAGCUACUACCGGUACCGAGCAGCGCAGCGCGGCUAACCCGCCUCAGAGUGCAGCCAGAUCGGCCGCCGCUUCACCCGCGACCCGCGGACUGAUCCCCGGCCCCGCCGCUCCGUGAUCCCGCGGACUGAUCCCCGGCCCCGCCGCUCCGUGACCCCGCGGACUUAUUUCACGGACCCGCCGCUCCGUGACCCCGCGGAGAGAUGAACCCAAGCGCCCCCAGUUACCCCAUGGCCUCGCUGUAUGUGGGGGAUCUGCACCAGGACGUGACUGAGGCCAUGCUGUACGAGAAGUUCAGCCCCGCCGGACCCAUCCUCUCCAUCCGGGUCUGCAGGGACAUGAUGACCCGCCGCUCGCUCGGAUACGCAUACGUUAACUUCCAGCAGCCGGCGGACGCCGAACGCGCUCUGGACACCAUGAACUUCGAUGUGAUUAAGGGCCGACCCGUUCGGAUCAUGUGGUCCCAGAGAGACCCGUCCCUGAGGAAGAGCGGCGUCGGAAACAUCUUCAUCAAGAACCUGGACAAGUCCAUCGACAACAAAGCCCUGUACGACACGUUCUCCGCCUUCGGGAACAUCCUGUCCUGUAAGGUGGUGUGUGAUGAGAACGGCUCUAAGGGUUACGGCUUUGUGCACUUUGAGACUCACGAGGCGGCGGAGCGAGCGAUCGAGAAGAUGAACGGCAUGCUGCUGAACGAUCGCAAAGUGUUUGUCGGGAGGUUUAAGUCGAGGAAGGAGCGCGAGGCGGAGAUGGGAGCCAGGGCCAAAGAGUUCACCAACGUCUACAUCAAGAACUUCGGAGAGGACAUGGACGACGAGAAGCUGAAAGAUGUCUUCGGAAAGUAUGGCCCCGCCCUCAGCAUUCGGGUGAUGACUGACGAAAGCGGCAAGUCCAAGGGCUUCGGCUUCGUGAGCUUUGAGAGGCACGAGGACGCUCAGAGGGCCGUGGACGAGAUGAACGGGAAGGAGCUGAACGGGAAGCAGGUGUAUGUGGGACGAGCUCAGAAGAAAGGAGAGCGUCAGACUGAACUUAAACGCAAGUUUGAGCAGAUGAAGCAGGACCGCAUGACCCGCUACCAGGGCGUGAACCUGUACGUGAAGAACCUGGAUGACGGUCUGGACGAUGAGCGUCUGCGUAAAGAAUUCUCUCCAUUUGGAACCAUCACCAGCGCAAAGGUGAUGAUGGAGGGCGGCCGCUCUAAAGGCUUCGGCUUCGUGUGCUUCUCAUCGCCGGAGGAGGCCACCAAGGCGGUGACGGAGAUGAACGGCCGCAUUGUGGCCACCAAACCCCUGUACGUAGCUUUAGCUCAGCGCAAAGAGGAGCGGCAGGCCCACCUCACCAAUCAGUACAUGCAGAGGAUGGCCAGCGUCCGCGCCGUACCCAACCCUGUCCUCAACCCCUACCAGCCCGCGCCGCCGUCCGGCUACUUCAUGGCUGCUAUUCCUCAGGCUCAAAACCGCGCCGCCUAUUACCCCAGCAGCCAACUGGCCCAACUCCGCCCCAGCCCUCGCUGGGCCACUCAGAGCGUCCGCCCACAGCAUUUCCAGAACAUGCCGAACGCUAUCCGCCCCGCUGCCCCGCGCCCGCAGACCUUCAGCACCAUCCGACCCACCGCCUCCCAGCUGCCCCGCAUGAUGACCUCUCAGCGCAUGGCGUCUCAGCCGAUGGGCCCGAGGCCGACCGGCGCCGGAGCAGCUACCGGAACCGCCCCGGUGAGAGCGGUACCACAGUACAAAUACGGCCCGGGAGUCCGGAACCCCCAGCAGCACCUCGGAGCCCAGCCACAGGUCCCCAUGCAGCAGCCUGCGGUUCAUGUUCAGGGUCAGGAGCCCCUGACCGCCUCUAUGUUGGCCGCCGCCCCCCCGCAGGAGCAGAAACAGAUGCUCGGUGAGCGACUGUUCCCCCUGAUUCAGAACAUGCACCCGACUCUGGCGGGGAAGAUCACGGGGAUGCUGUUGGAGAUUGAUAAUUCUGAGCUGCUCCACAUGCUGGAGUCUCCGGAGUCUCUUCGCUCCAAGGUGGAUGAAGCUGUGGCGGUGCUCCAGGCUCACCAGGCGAAGGAAGCCGCUCAGAAGUCGGUGAACAGCGCUGCUGUUCCUGCUGUUUAAUGAAGGACGUCCCGCAGGGAAGCGUUACGACGGAAAAAGGAAAAUCUAUUAAACAUUGAAAAAUACAAAACUCUUAAAACACUGAAAAACAGAAAAUGUCUUAAAAAUGAAAAUUCUAAUAUGAAAUUUUUGCCAGGUCUUUUGGCACCAAGCCACGGCCUUGAUUAAAGUAAACAAAAAAAAUAGAAAAAAAAAAUAGAAAAAUGAAAAAAUUGAUUUUGAAAUAAAGUUGAUAAUUUGUUUUAAUUCCUUUUACUGUUUAAACGCCCAGAAUGUUCCGGUCUCUGCAGAGCAUCGCUGAGCGCUGGCUGAAGUGUAUUGGAUUCAAUUAAUAAAAAAUUAAACUUUGA